UCAAAUUAGGCUUGUAUAAUUCAACACGACCGUCUAACUUUGGGCUCUCCUGUCUUAUUAGUAACAGGUCCUUUUUUAAAAUAAAUUCAAGUUUCAUCUAGACUAUGAUAUUAUACUUGACUCUAUACUGCCUCUACUAUAACUCGGGUGUUGUACACAUUCAUGCGCAUUGCCAGCAGGCAGCAGCCAACGUGUGGAAUAACAGACGGUGGAGGGUUAUAACAUUUGGACAGUCGUUUCUCAGUUGCCGUUGGACUCGCAUGUCAUCUGCUGCUGCUCUAACUGUGACCAAAUAAUAUCGACCCAAAUUAUUAUUACCAAUCAUUUCAAACAUGUCGACUGAUUGGCCCCGGCGGCGACUGCCGAAUUCAAUCAAAUCCUACUUGGUACUGAUGAUCGCCAUCAAUAACUUUUUGGCGGUGGCCGACGGACUCAAAUUGCUUCAAGUUUCCAUCCCGCCGCUCAAAUUGACGGGCCAAACUGCACGACUCGCUUGUCUCUACGAUCUGGAAGGAGAUGCUCUUUACUCCAUUAAAUGGUACAAGGGCGGCCGUGAAUUCUUCCGCUACGUCCAGCGUGAUCAGCCGCCAAUGCAAGUCUUUCCCGUCGAAGGCGUAACAGUCGACAAAAGCCAAAGUGAUCAGUUCCAAGUGACGUUGAUUCAAUUAACUAUCGCAUCCGCAGGUCGUUACAAAUGCGAAGUGUCGGUGGACGCCCCGUCGUUCCAGACGUCGUUCAGCACCGUCGAAAUGAACAUUGUCGCUCUGCCUGAAUUUGGGCCCCGGAUCACAUCGAAAGGAAUUUUGUCAUUCGAUUCGAAUUUGGCUAAUAAAAAUGGCAACAACAAUCACCGGUCGUUUCAUUCCUAUUAUUCGAAAAGGAUGACGUCAUCGGCAACAGCAGACGACGACGAUGAAAUUCAAAUCAAUUGCACGUCAAAUCGUUCCAAACCGGCCGCCGAACUUCAUUGGUACGUCAACGGUUUCAAGGUGAAGGGAGAACAUUUGAUGGAGUACGCCCCGUUCAUCGACGACGAUGGACACAAUUCGACGAGUCUGGAAACGUCCGUGUUGGGACUCGUUUGGAAAUUGCCAUCUGGCGGAGCUCACGGAGAUACGUUAACCGACGCUGCUGACUCGAUUGUUUUCAAUUGCACGGCCGCCGUCGGCUCCGUCUAUUGGAGCUCCACAGCUCUGACGCUCAGUCCCGAGCCGGGAGUCAACGUCAAAUCCCGGCCCAUGUUGAUGUAUCACGGGAGCCAUCUGUCGGCCGACGCCCUACCUACUACCAGUCGCAAGUCGACGACGCCCUUCAGCAUUCUUCUCUCCUCAUUAUUGAUCCUCACAGCUCAUUAUUAACUAAACGAUUUGAUAAAACGAUGAAAUAUUUUGAAAUCUAAUCGAAUUUCAUUUUUAUUUUCCGGAAUUUUGUACAUACACUUCACCUGAUUCUUUUUAAAACUAUUUCUUUUUUCCGACAUUAUUUUUUCUCCGUUCAAAUUUCAAACUAAUUCAAUAAUCUUUGUAAAUCAUUUCAGUCAUUUCAUUUUGAUGUGGGUAAUUUCAUUCCAACGUAAAACCGAUGAAACGUCAUCGACAAUUUGUACAUUUUAACUCGGCAGCACAUGUAUGCGCACAUUGUUUGAUAAACGAAUAAUAAAUUUUCUCCGCCAAA